UCAAGAGCCGUAGACCUCGUAUUAUUAUCGUUUUACAUAGAAUAAAUAUUUGCUAGUCGUAGACUGAUAACAGGUGGUACCAUAGUGGAAAAUUAGUGUUAUAUUUUUUGUUAAGACCGCGACCGUCACACGCUCGGUGCAAGAUACUCGCUGUUAUAGUCGAUGUACGUUGAACAUGGACUAAAGAUAAAAGAAAAAAUGCUAUAUAGAUUAUGCGAUAUAUUAUCAAAGAUUAUCACAAGCCACAAGAUAUCACUAGAGUUGAAGACACACAAGUAACUAAUCAUGGCAGAGGCCGCACGAAACGUGUUUACUUUAAUAAAAAUUUAAUGACGUAGCUCGUUUUGUAGUGACAACAUUAAACACAAAAACGUUGUAAUAAUAGCAGGAUAAUGUAAUCAAUAUAAUAAUUAUCGUAUUGUAUGUAAGGCAAGUGUGCGGGUGGCAGCCCUGGGACCACAUUUAUUGGUUUGCGAGCCGAUGCCGUUCGAUUUCGACGACACAUUGUUAUCGUUACCGACAUACCAUGAUUAAAUGGUUUGUACAAGUGUAACGUUGUGUGCUAGUUACGUGCUGAUAAAUGUUUCUCUCAACAAAAUGCUGUGACACUGAUUUUAUUAUUCGUGAAGUGUUUCUGUGAUACGUGAAAGUGCAGUGCUAUUUCUCAAAAUGGAUCGAUUUAGGCAAAAGUCUAAAAAAGAAAAACCGAUGAAGUACGUUGAUAAGGAACAGUCUCCGUUAUUUAUAACGGAUGUCAAGGCGAUUAAAGAAAAUCUCAAAAUAAAGGAGAUUUUAAGAACAGUCAAAAUGAAUAGUAGUAUGCGAAUAAAGGCACCAAAAGGGAGUAAAGUUAUGCAAAAUAAAGAUUUUAACGAUAAUGAAGACAUAUUUGGUGUGGAUCAAAGUAGUGACGAACAAAACAGUGAUAAUCAAAAUGUACCAGACCCACCGAGUGCAACAAAUCCUGAUGUUGUUGUCGUCAGCAACAACAAUGAAGAAACAGAUGAAGCCAGUGCCGAGGAACCUGUCGAUAAACCCAGUGAGUCGGAAGAAGAAAUACUUGAAGAUUGUAUUGAAAAUGAAAGUACGACUGACCCGAUAAUACAUGAAUCCAUCAGUGUACCCGAAGGGUUACAGGAUUUCGUGUUAAUUAGUGAAGAAAGCAAACAAGACAUUGAAGAAGUACCAGACGUCAUAAUCAAUUCACCGUCCCCGAGUGAGAGCUCGCAUGUGAAGGCUCGCGACAGAAAACUAUCUCUGGAUCAGACUAUGUUAUCUAGACGUGGGGGGUUGUCACAGUCUGAAUUGGAUCUGAAUUCAAUUGGGAAAUCUCCGCUAGAGAGGAAAUCUUCCUUUUUUAGGAAAAAAAUGGAUAGCUUUUUGAAAAAUACUACAGAAAUAUUCAAGCGACAAUCAAUAGGCAGAAGUCAGUCCAUUCAGUCAAGGAGUUCCAUGUCGGUGUCUCUGCAGUCCUUGAACGAGAACACCGCAUGCAAUGGUCACUAUGGGGAACCCCUGCACAAUCAUGAAGAAGAACUUCAAAGGAGUACUACAAGCCUGCAGUCGUCGCCGACGGUAGCGCGAAGUGCAUCCAGCUUGUCAAUAGCUCAGAGUGAGCAGACGUUACCAGAUCAACAGAGUGAAGGGGAGAGCAUUUCUGGAAGCCGACCCAUACUGAUUGGCAGUCAGCCCUUAGGAGACACAUCCCCUAGUAUCAACAGUCUUAAUGAGACGUACCUCCAAGAGUCUAUGCUUAAUAGAGCCAUAUCCAUGAGCUCGGGUUUGGAUUCAGCUAGCGGCCAAAAUCGUCGAAAAUCAAGAUCUAACAGGGUCACGUGGCUGGCCAGUGAAGGGCUCACCAACUACCUACGGCGAGUCAUACAAGACGAGAAGAGUAGGGAGAUAAACUUAUACCACUCGUACCAAGAUUUCUCCGCAAUACCUGAGAACAAUGUUGAGAAGAAGACGGACUCUAAAGGCCGACGGUUGUCGUAUCAGCGCGCCGUCUCAGGAGAGGACCCGCGCUACCUGGAGUCCAACGUGAGGAGAAAGCAACUCAUUCCUGAGAACUCUGAGCUCAACUUGGAACUGUCCGAUCUACUAGCAGAGUACUCUAGAAACGGUGUACCGGACCUGAAAGGAUUCUGCAUAGCAAACAUACCCGAUGAAGCCUUCGAGUUCCUGCAGUGGGCUGAGAAGCCACAGAACUUGGAGGAGUUCAUCGAUUGGAAAAAACUGCCGCAAGCGGAGGAGGCGCGGCAAGCAGUAAUUAAGGAGUUGAUCUGCACAGAAGCAGACUACAUACGCCACUUACUGUCCAUAGUGCAGGUGUUCAUAGCCGCUGCCCAUGGACUGCAAGAUGCGGGGAAACUACUGGAUAUUGACACAGAGAAGUUGUUCACGAACAUUCCCGAUGUUCUGAACGCAAGUCUUUACUUUUGGGAGACUACCAUCUACCCAAUGAUUUCUGACGCACAUGAGAAGAAAAGUGCAUUCAACACGGAGAUAAUGGCUCCGGGGUUCAUGCACUUCCGCGAAAUCUUCCAUCCCUACGAGAAGUACGUGAAUGAACAAACCCGGGCACUUGACUAUCUUCGAUCCUUAGGUAAUAAUAGUGACUUUAUGAUGUAUCUCACAUGGUGUUACCGACAAAAGGCCUGUAAUAGGCUCCAACUAGCUGACAUAAUGGUGAAACCGAUGCAGCGCCUGACUAAGUACAGUCUGCUCCUGCGGCGUCUGAUUGCGCACACCGACAUUGAACCUGAACGCACAUCUCUACAAGCAAUGGAAACUUGUGCUAAAAAUUACGUUCAAGACCUGAACCGAUCAAUUCGUCAACGAGAAGAGUUAGAGAAGAUGGAGAAAUUAGCUAAUGCUAUUGAAGCGUAUGAAGUGGACUUCAAGGACGAAGAAUUAGAUAAAUUUUUCCAUCUAUAUUCACAAUUAAAUCUUAAAGCGCCAAUGGUGAACUGCUCGCCGCAUCACAGCAGGACCCUAAUACACCAAGGAGACUUACGCUAUAAGGACAACAUAAAGGAGAUGGAAGUCCGCGUCUUCCUAUUAACUGACAUGCUGCUUAUAUGCAAGAAACAGUCAAAGGGCAGCUUAUACCCAUACAAAAUGAUAAGACCAAAGUAUUUCUUGGAAAGGUUAUUUACUUAUCCAAAGAUAAGUCAACGCAAUCCUAAAGAGAUUGCGAACUUAGUGUUCGUUGCAGUCGAUGAGGUUGGGUCGUCACUCAUAGCAUUCAGUCUCUCUGAAUCGUCCAAGGACCCCAGCGCACAAGGAACACUGAAGCAUUGGGAACAGAAAAUACGCGAAGCUAGGUUAACAUAUGACCUAGCAGUGUGGUUCACACGGAACCCAUCGCGAGACCUGACUGAAAUGGACGUUGAUUCGUCUUCUGACUAUGGCCUCAGCAUACCAAGCGCAUCUAGACCGGGCACCAAACAAAGCUCGGAUGAAUUAAACAUUGAUAGAGAAGCCCGAGAGAGAGUCGCCGCGAUGCUCCACCGCAGCCUGGGAGUGUCCACGGAGUGCGACAACUUUUCACAGGCCUCAAUGAACACAGACUCAUUUGAUGGCGAGUUAUCGACCAGCCACGGCGGACGAUACUCACACGGCCUUAGAUACCCUAUGAAGCGCAACUCAACAGGAGGAAGUUCGAGAAAUUCUAGACUAUCGAGCUUUCAACAAUCGACCAGCGCUGCGUCCCAUGACGAGCCGCAGCCGGGCCCCAGCCGAUACAACUACAAAGCGGGGACUUCUGUGGAACACGUCAUACCUGCACAGAACCCCGAAGACGGGGUAACAUCAAUUACAGUCAACGUAGUCAGCGAAAGCGAGUCAGAAACAGUAGUGCACUCAUCACAGCCGCCACCACCGUUGGUAGUGCUACAACACAGCUCUCCGCACAAGACGCCGAUUCCAUCGCGUAGUUCGAGCACCAGCAGGAAUACGCUGCGGGUGCAGCCGCAGAACGUGGUGAUGGCACUGGUGCACAGCCUGCCGGACCUCACGUUCGACACGUCGCCGGCACGACCACAGCAGAGUCCAAGCCCUCAGUCAGCGUCUGAGAAGCUUUACCAAUCGCACCAAGAGCUACUGCAGCGAAACCGAUUGUCAGCUCAGCAACACCAGCACUACCUAAGCCCUGACCAUCGCGGCACGAGCUACCCGCCUCCGAGUCCGACGAGAGCUUCAUUGAAACGCGGACUGGCGUUCUCGUAUUCAUUCAAGAAUCCUCCAUUAUCAAAAAUGGGGCACGUGAAUAGUCAGUCCCAACACGCUGACGCUGGACCUUCCACGAGUCAAGGAUCAAAGGGAGAAAAAGGACCACCCGCUAGUGGCCAAAGUGAGAAGGCGGACAAAAAGUCCAAAAACGUAAGCAGCAGUUCGUUCUUCAGUUCGAGCAGCUGGCUCUCCAAAAGCGAAGGAUGACAUAUAAGAUGCUGGAGGAUGAUGACCUUUAUAAGGCAUAAGGGCGGAUCGCUGAGCCCGGGAUCACGAAAGGAAGACAAGGGAGGCUGACACCGUCGUUGGCGCAGGGUGCGCGACUGAGGAGAGCCUAGAAAACUACGCUUCGAUUGGCUUUACAAAUGGUGCUCGUAGUUUUCUUAAUAGUCACCGUAUCACAUUAACAUGGCAAGUGCAACACUGCGCCGCUGGCAAUGAACUAACCACAUGUAUACCAGAACUAAAAACAUUGUUUAUACCACAGGUCUAUACCUACCUAAGGUAAAUGCACGUGUUAUGGACACGGACCAAUUUUAUGAUAUUUUUUUCUAAACUACAUGCAUACUUCCUAUUCCUACCUAUUAUUUUAUUUUAUCAGGCAUUAUUCACACUACAAUACUUUCCUCGUUACCUAGGCAUAUCGACAAUGUUUAACUUUACCAUAAUCAUGUAUGUGCAUUGGUAGAGUUUGUACAGUAUUUGAUAAAUUGAAAAGGAUUGUUCUAUAAGAAUCGUGAUACAGAAUUACUUUUUAUAAUACUUGUAAUUACUUUUUAAAUGUCACUUUCAUAGAAAAACUAUAACCUAAGUACAUAUUAUUUUCUAAUACAUUAAUUCCACAUUUUAAAGAAAGCCCUUAUCUGAAAUAAUGUGGACAAUAUCAUAGAUAGGGGAAUAAAUAUUAACGGGGAACUUAGAGAUUCAAUCACGGUACAAUACAGAAAACAAUGCUUCUUAAUAUUAGCAAACACGAUCCCAAAUACUAUUUAAUUGUGUAGAAUAUAAUAAUAUUAUUUUUAAUGUGUAACAAAUGCUUUUAAUACGAGUAGGGUUGCCAAAUCGAUUCUCCCUGUUAUCGGGAUCAAUAACCGAUUUUUCGGGAUUUUUUAGGACUUUGGUUGAGAGAAAUAAAAAAAUAUAUACAUAAUAUGUUAAGUAAACAAAUAUAUUUUUACAUUGCACUGUAGAUACAAAGUAUACUAAAAACGCGUUCGCAGUAAGCGUUAUGUACUGGAAUAAAUAAAAAACAUACAAAAUUAAAUUAAAUAGAUUAAAUUUUUAACUUUGUGUUUGCAAGUUUCGUUUGACGAAAAUGUGAACUUAAAAUUAUUGAACUUGUUUUUCGGGAGAUUAUUUUUGCUUUGUCGGGAAUCGAGAGGACAUACAAAAAUUCGGGAGAAUCCCGCCAAUUCCCGACCGUCUGACAACCCUAAAUACGAGUGGAUAGAUUUUUCAUUUGCUCCAAGUUAUUGAGUACCUACACGAUUUUAGAAAAUAAAUAAUAUAACAAAGAAUUUGUCAAAAAUAAUAUGACAUGUAAUAAUGCUUAUGCUAUCCAUAAUUGAUGCAUUUACCUUAUUUAUUUUUUGUACUCCCAAUACAAAUAGGUAGGUAAUUGCCUUUUUUUAAGAGUUGUGAAAAACGAAAUUCAUUGUGAUGUAGGUGUAUGUAAAUUACUGAUUUUUAAUAUUUAACACAUGUCAUUAAUUAGGUAAAUAGGAAAAUGAUCAAAACUAUGUAUUCUUUGUAUUUCAUUGAUCUUCAAAAAGAAGUACCUAUUUAAUUUAUUUAAUAAUCUUUGAACAUAAACGUAGUGUAGUUACCAAUAGGAACAUUAGGGAAACUUGUAUGAGUAUGUAAUCGUUUCAUGCAUGUGUUAUUUUCUUCGUAUUUUAAGUAGUUUUAAACGGUCUAAUUAUCUACAUUACAGGAUGACAACUACCAGUAAAAUUCAGAUUGUAGAUAAUGUCAUGAAACGUCAAAACGAUCGUUUCCUAUGAACUUUUUAUGAAGUUACAAGUUGUUUCGUCACUUUUUUAUAAAUUAUCGUACAUUAGGUACUUAGUAGGUACUUACAGUUUUCAGAAAUUUUAACAUUUUUAACCAAGUCGUCAUCUCUAUUCUAAUGUACCUGUCGGGAGGUUAAUUGUAGAUACCUACAUAUAGGCAGGUGACCCGGUUUUGGCCACUUUAAGGAUUUUGUCGACUUUGAGGCUUUCUUAACUUAUAGUUUUUGUUAUCACAAACAUAUUUCUUGUAAAAAGUCAUUUAACAUUUAUUAACCUUGCCUAAGAAAAACCUUUUUUAAAGAACGUCCAAUAGAAAAAUUACUCUAUAAAAAAGAAAAAAAAGGGAGAUUGUGCCAUUUUUGGCCACAUUGAUGCCAUUUCUAGCCAGUUCUGGCGAUCAAAAAGUACAAUAAAAGUAAUCAUAAUUUAUUAAUUAAAUUGCACAUUUUACAAACAAUGGUUUUUAUUUAGUUAGGAAAAUAUGAAAUAUAAUAACUUCACUUGUAUUUAACUUACAAAUAAAGAGAUCAACAUUUAUAUGAGGUUGGUAAAAGCUGCAAAAUAAACUGGCCUCCCCAUUGUGUGAAGGCAUUUUAUUGUGUCUCUGAAAAUGAAAAAUAUGUAUUUUUUGAUAAGUAAAGUCAAGGAAAAAAAGCCACGAUAAAAUAAAUAAAUACGAUAAAUGGCCAGAAGUGGGGUGUCUAUGUACACCAGUUUUUGCCAGCCAUGUGGCCAAAGAUGGAGAAAUUCAUAAUUUUGUCUCCAUUAGUGGUCACCUCACUUCAGAAACAUAUGGCGACAAAAUAACUUUAGUUCCACUUAGACAAUAUAUUCUUCAUGUAGUAUUAACAUAAAUAUCCAAAAAAUAAGCAACGGUUUAAAAAAUAAAAACCAAAUCCUCACCCGCUCGCCUUAGCCUUUUUGUUAAGAUCUUAACAAUUUCACCCUCAACUAAAAAUAAUGACUUGUUGCGUCGAAGUGAAGUUUGACGCAUCAAACCUGCCAACGAUAUCAGUGUCUCCAAUAUUCAAUAUUUUAAAUACUGUACAUCUAUUUGUCCAUGCCUUAAUUAUGAAUAUUUGAAGGCCCCAAUGGCCACAAAUGGGGUCGAUGGCCACAACCGGGUCACCUGCCCUACAUACAUUAGGUACUAAAAAUUGUUAUUUUACUUUAUAGCAAAUAUGCAUAAUGUACAUUCCAGAUGAUAAUUUAUUUAAACUAAUCAAUUGGAAACAAUGAAAUAUAUUUACUAUCUAUAUCAUGUACCAAUUGUAAAUAGAAUUUCCCAAAAAUGUACUGAUUUGAACUAGAAGACUAUGAGACUGUGACUGUGUACAGUUUCAAUUUACCUUUUAUCUACCUAUGUAGAGCUAAAUUCUUUCUAGGACUUUAUACAAAAAAGGAAUUUCUUCUUGUACACGUAGUACCUAGCAAAAUUUUAAAUACUUAAAUGUAAUAUUCUACUCUCUUCUGGUCUUAGCCGAUGUUUACUUAUCAUUAAGACCAUAUUUAUUAGUAACUAGUAAAUACUAUGAUAUAUCUUUUAUAAUUUAUUGUCCUGUAAAAUAUUAUAGGUAUAAAAUUAAAUUAAGCGUGCUAGACACACAUGUAUGUACUUAACUAAAUUGUAAAAACAAUGUUCCCUUUUAAGAAGAGGCAUCAGUAUACGUACCUAUAUAUUUUAGCGAAGUAAUGAGGUACCUACCUGUGUUUAUAUGGUGUAUAAGCGAUUAUAUAGAUGUAAGUAGGUAGCUAAACAGACAGACACAUUUUUACCUUCAAGAAUAAAUGUUUAUUUAGUAUCUAUGUCGGCUUAUUAAUGUAUAAUGUAGAUAUUAACACACUAUUACCAAAUUUUGUGUUGGUACUGUUAAUAAAUAUCUAUUAGGUAUAUGCUGGAUUAUUUAAUAAUCAAAACAAAAAUCUUUUUGAAUGGUUAAUAAAUAUUUGAUUGUUCUUUUUUAAGAACUUUGUUUUGAAUGUAUAAUAAAAAAUAUGUAUUUGUAAAUACCUAGCUACUGUAAAUUAUAGAAUACAAAAAUGUUAUGUAA